UGGAGACUAAUAAGCAUUGGGUCCAGCAAGGUUGGGAAACCAAACCAAACAUGAAGCCCAGGACCCUUCAGGAGGGGCUAAAGUGAUUUCAGACGCCAUGGAGGUGGUGCUGAUCUUUUUAUGUAGCCUGCUGGCCCCCGUGGCCCUGGCCAGUGCAGCUGAGAAGGAGAAGGAAAUGGACCCAUUUCAUUAUGACUACCAGACCCUGAGGAUUGGGGGACUGGUGUUCGCCGUGGUCCUCUUCUCUGUUGGGAUUCUCCUCAUCCUCAGUCGCAGGUGCAAGUGCAAUUUCAAUCAGAAGCCCAGGGCUCCAGGAGAUGAGGAAGCCCAGGUGGAGAACCUCAUCACUGCAAAUGCAACAGAGCCCCAGAAAGCAGAGAACUGAAGUGCAGCGCUCAGGUGGGAAGCCUCCAGACCUGAAGGCAGCUGCUUGAACCUUUAGAUGCAAAUAUUGAUGCUUAAGAAAACCGGCCACUUCAGCAACAGAUCUUUCCCCAGGAGAAGCCAAGAACUUGUGUGUCCCCUUCCACGUCCCACACCCCUGAUCCCUCUAACACCACUCCUCAACCCAAUGAUGCAACUAACACUCCCCACUGCAGCCUGCACGGUCUCGUCCAACUCCUGUGAUGUGUCUUUGUGUGUGUGUGUGUGUGUGUGUGCGCGCGCGUGUGCUGGCUGUGGUCUUUGUGGCUAUCGUUUGUGGAUGAUAUUGUGUUAGUGAACUGUGGACUCACUUUCCUAGGCAGGAGCUGAGCCUUGUCGCCAUCGGCUCCCCUCCCCUACUUCCCGUGGACCCCAGUUACCUCCCACUUCCAGGAAUCUGCUUCUUCCCUGCGAGACUAGCCCCUUCCCUCCACUUAGGAUUGAGUGUAGGUGGGAGCACAGACAGGAGUCUCCAGGCAUCUUGGGACCUGGGAAGGUUUGCGUCACCUCCGUUGUCACCUCCAUGGACUCCGUCCAUUCCUUUUCAAGCACCUUGCUGCCAUAGUUCACUCGACCCAAGUCUGUCCUGAGGCCUCUUAGCCAUUGUGGGUACAUAGCACGGAGCUGGUGGACCCAGCGUUGCCUUCAGGCAGGCUGUGCCCUUCUGUGGUCAUUUUCCUCCCGGGGGCUUCCACAGGAGUACUUCCUGCCCUGGCCCUUCACAGAGCGCCCAGGGAUUCCAGCCCAGGGCUCCUACUCUGGCCCUGGGGAAUGUGCUUCUGCCAUAUCUUUUCAGCAAUAACCCCGUGGGCUCCAGGACCCUGCCCGCUCCAACCUCCCCUGCUUCUGAGACUUCAACCUACAGCCCAGCUAGUCUGGACACAGACUCCUGUCCCUGGAGUUGGGUUUCUGGCAGGUGAUGGCUGAAGGCUUCUCAUUCUGUUAGGGCCAGCGUGCUGGGCUGGGCAGAGGGACAGUAGGGGGCUUUUGCUUCCCUGCCCAGUCCCCUUGGUCAGGCAGCAGAGACAACUCCUGUACCUUUGCCUGUCAGUGGUCAGAGCAGUGAGUGAGGCAGGUUAGAGACCCAGCCGGGUGACGUACAGUCCCACUGCAGAGGGAACAGCAAGAGGUCAUAGGUCAUAAAAAGAGUGGGACCUCACACCAGAUCCCGCCCCUCCUGUCCUCCGUGUUCCCAUGGAAACCAACCAAACCGUGCCGCUGUGACCAGACUGCUGUUUCUCUGUAUUGUGAUCUAUCCUCUCAACAACAGAAAAAGAAAAAAAAAGGAAUAAAAUACCAUUUGUUUCCUAGUG